AUGUCCUCUUCCGCCCUCGUUGGCACAGACGCGUCGUCGCGUCCGCCGCGGUCGAGGAUUUUGACGCCAAGCUCCGAGGGAAGCUCGAAUCAGAAAGAUGAGCUCCGUUCUCCUGAGCAGCGCAAGAGGAAGAGGGCCGACUCUGUCACCAUGGAGCAUCUUUUAAAGCCCUCAAUUGCUCUCAAGCCACAUCCCCCAAACCUGCACAUUCAACCUCGCGUCCUCCACCCGUUGAUGGUCCUACCUCGCCAGCAUCUUCCGUUAUCAUGUAUCGAUAUUCAUGCCUCCAACAUCGAUCUAUCUUCACACCGAUUCUAUGAAGCCCAUGUAAAAAUCCUCGACCUGGAAAGCCGCAUGGGCUCGGUCCCAGUGGUCCUCCUUGCCAGAAAGGAGUCCAGCCGCGCUGUCUACGCCCUUGAACGACAGGAGAAUGGAUUGUACGUUGUGUUCAGAUUGGGUUCUUGGAUAAAUUUGGAAGAAUUGGCCAAGGAUGCCUCCGCUGUUUGCCUCGAGCGCCUGCGGUCGCCCGUCAAACUCGAAUCCCAGGGUCAACCCGCAUCCUCGGCCAUCACGACGCCACAACUGCACAAGGACCAAAAGAUGAAACGGGCUGCCAUUGAGGCCAUUCAGUCUCUAGUUAGAAAGAGACCAAGGUCACAAUCUGUUUCGACAAUGGCAGAAUCUGAGAGGCUUGAUGGAAAAUCGGACGCUGCCGUUCCCCUGGAACCGAAGCUACCAUCGCCAGUCCUCAUGAAGGAGGAACUUGCAGCGAUACCAACCGAGAAUGCCAAGCCAGCAGUGUCUUCAGUCUCGGCCAACCCCGAGGAGCCUCCUCCGCAACAAACUGCCGAUGAGAUAUUUGAUGCUCUCCGAGCGCAGUACUUCGACACGUUGUACAAGUCCAUGAAGUACCGCGACACUGUCCCUGAACUCAUCUCCAAACUGAAGACGACCAUUGAUAGCUCUGACGAAGGACGCAAGAAGAAACGCAGACCCAAGAAGAUGAAGAUUGGCAAGUCCGGCCUCUAUCCACAUGAAGACGAGCAUAUCAGAAAGUGGUGGGCUGCAAACAAGCCUGAGUUGAAGGAGGACGAGUUCGAUGUGCCCAUUCAGCAGAUAAAGUCGCUGACUUCGAUGCUACGCACCCGAGAAACCCAACUUCAGAUGAUCCUCAUCCUCGAGAUCAUCGCAUUGACCCCAUUAAAACCUGCCGAGGAUGCUGAAGAUAGCCAAUUGCCGCCCUUGCCUGGUGCCGCGGAAUCUCAAAACGAUAUGGCGGCUCCUCCUGCGAAGAAGCGGAACAAGCACAAUCUGCCUGUCUUGGUAGAUGUGCAUGCCGAUCGCUUGACCAUCUGGCAGUCCACCGCCUCAGACGAACAGUUGAUUCUCGAGGAUUCUCAGGUCUCCCAGGCCCAAGAUGGUCAGCCUCGACAGAAGGCCUCGUCGGAGCCUCUCAAAGACUUUUGUGUGGACAUUAUUGUGCCAUUCUUCUCCCACCGACUUCCCGAGCUGUGUGACUCGAUCAAUCGAAAAUUGGGCGGUCCUGUUAUCGUAAAGCCUUCCAAGUCCAGGUCCUUGAAGCGAUCGUCAAGCAAACGUGAUCAGAGACCAGGCGCAGUCACCAAGCGUCCUACACCUGGUAAGCCAACAAGAACGCUGCAAAGAGCGCUCUCAACAGAGCAACAGUCUCGACGAAGUGUGUCAAGAGGGCCCAGCAACAUGAUUGCUCUUAUGCGUUCCGCAACGUCCACCUCUCUACCAGGAAUCAAGCGGGAAGCGAGCGAUUCUGCAGCAAUCAAGUCAGGACUCAAGGCUGAGCCUGAUCUCUUGAACAGGAGAGGCGGGCUACUCUCCCGGAGCAGCAGCAUGUCCAACCUGCAGGAUGCAAGAGCCAGCAAGAAGGCCCAAGUCGAAGCAGAGUUGAAGGAUGCUAUCUCAUCUUUGAGGAAACCCAACCGUGAGGUUGUUGGUAAGGCAUUAGCUGAAGCGGCAGAACGCCGAGCGACUGUCAGUCUUUCGGCAAAGAAAGUCAGAAAGCCUGUCCGGAGCUCCCUUGGCGCUUCAGUUGUCAAGGCUACGCCAGCAAACAAUCGGUUCAGGGAUGUAUUUGCAUCAAAGUCUGAGAAUGUAGAUGUACACAUGAUGGGCACUGAGGAGGUCAUUCCCCCUUCAAGCAUGCCCUCUAUGAUUCCGUCCACGGGCCUACGUCCAGGUCACCAAGACGCUUUCCGCCGAAGCCCAACCCCAGACUUUGAAAGAAUUGGGGAUACACCAACAAAAGGUGGCUCAAACUUUCUGCGCCGACCUACCAAAGAGGAGGAUGUCUUGCCGUUCCCGCCUUCAUCGCCGCUAAUGGAGAGGAGGAAUGUAUCGGCAGCAGAUCUUUUCGCACCCAGAGAACAAAACCGAAGUGUCAAUUUUACACCAUCGAGAGAUGAAGGAAUAUUGGCUACGCCCGUAAAGGCUACGUCAAGGAGCAACAACGUCGAGGAUCAGAACAUUGCGCCCGCAAAGCCAGUGUCGAUUUACCAGCAAUUGGGAUGGGACGAUGACAUGGAUGACCUGUUAUGA